UGUACGACUACAUCGAUUGCAUCGACUUCCUAAUUAUAGUAUCUAAGGAAACCCUUACCGUAUGGUAUCCCACUGGAACUAAGUCAUUGAAAACGCUUCCGCCGUCACCAUGUCGUUUCCACCAAAGUAUGCAGGGCUGAAGCUCUUUUCUUCGGGGAUCACUGAGCAACGGCAUACCCUCGAGAUCUAUCUUGACUAUGUCUGUCCGUACUCCGCCAAAUUCUUCGACACAUUCUACAAUUCCGUCAUCCCUAUCAUCCGGAAGAAAUACCGGUCAUAUCUACAAGUUAUUUUCCGUCCGCAAGUCCAACCCUGGCAUCCCUCGUCAACUCUGACCCAAGAAGCCGCGCUUGUGGUUUUGAAGCUGGAGCCUUCGAAGUUCUGGGACUUCAGCGAGGCCCUUUUCAAGGCCCAGAAAGAAUAUUUUGACGCGAAUGUCGUGAACGAGACGAGAAACCAUACGUACAAGAGAUUGGCAGCGCUAGCCUCCAAAGUUACGGGUCUGGACGAAGGAGAGGUGUAUUGGUUGCUCAAAAUUAGUGAUAGGCCGGGGCCAGACGGGUCGCUUAACACUGGAAACGAGGUGACUAACGACAUCAAGUUUUUGACAAAGUCAAACAGAGUCGUAGGAGCUCAUGUGACUCCAACUGUUUUCUUUGAUGGCAUCGAAGAAAGGUCUAUUGACAGCAAGUUCACCCCCCAACAAUGGGAAGAAUGGCUUGAGAAGAGCGUUGUGUAAGAUAGGACCCGUGCCGAGAGCAGGUCUUUUCCAACCCAACCAGGAGUAUCUUGUUUUAAGGUGGAAUGAUAGAGAAGAGGCAGUCACUGCGCCGCGGGGGGAAGGGUUUGCUGAGGGUGUUGCCUCUGGGAUGACUCUCACAGAAAGGAAUUCGAGUGC